AUGAUAUUUUAUAAACACACAAGCAAAGUUUUGGAUAAUAUAGAUUUAAUUAUUGAAUAUCAUUUAAAUGAAAUUGAAAUAAAUAUUAAAUGGUGUUCAAAAAAUGAAUUCAAUAAAUGGAAAAUAUCCUAUGUUGAUGAUGAAUGUACAUUACCAUUAAAUUCUCCAUUAUAUUAUAUUUGUUCAUCGUCAUCAUCAUCAUCACCAUCAAAAAAUCCAUCAUUAUUAAAUUCAACAUUUUAUCCUUAUUGGUUUUUAUUAGAAAGUUCAUUAUAUCAACGUCUUUUUUCUCAUAUAACAAAUGAUGAAGAUCAUUUUGUUUUAUUAAUUUGUUUAUCUGAUGGUCGAAUUAUUGCUUUAGCAGAAUCACCAAAAGAUUCAAAAGCAAUUAUAUGGUAUACUUCUUUAAGCUCAAAUCCAAUAACAAUCAUUGGUCUUUAUUAUAAUUUAAAUAGAAAUUUACUUGAUGCUGUUUUAUCAUCAACAACAAAUACGAAAUUUCCAAAAUUAAUAUUAAAUCAUUUAAUUUUAUGUGAAUUUAUUGGAAGUUUAAUUUUAUUAAAUUCAACAAAUCUUCAUCGAAUACUUCUUGAUAAUUUAAUUAAAUCUCCAUGUAUUUAUUUAAAUAAUUUAAUAUACAUAACAAAAAAUGAAAUUCGAUCAAUAUCAAUUUCAAAUUUAUUAAAAUUAUCGAAUGAAGAUCUUAUAAGUCAAACAAAAAUUUUAAGAUUUGGACAUUUUCAAAAAUUAAUUGUUGAUGGACAAGAAAUAAUUAUUUAUUAUGAUAAUGGUCGAUUUGAACGAGUAAAUAAUCUUCUUCCAAAUCCUUUAAAUUUAUCACAUAGAAAUUCUCUAUCAAAUCAAGCAAAAAAACUUGCAUGUUUAACAACAACUAUCAUGAAUUUACAAUCAAAUGUUUGUUUAUUACAAAGAAUAUUAAACAAAAUUGAAAUAUUUUAUCAAUUAAAUUUAAAUAAUUGUUUAAAAUUAAUAAAUCAACAAUGGAAAUUAAUUUUAAAUGAACAACAAUUAAGAAUAUUUCAAUUAAAUGAUUUUAUAUUAAUUUUAAUAUGUCAUUUAUCAUCAAAUAAUCUAAAAAUUUAUCAAUUGAAUCCAAUAAAUGAUUGGAUAUUUAAAAUGAAUGAUAUAAUUUCGAUGACAUACAUUUGUCAACCAAUACUUAUUUUUCGAUAUCAAAAUCAAUUUCAUUUUCAAUUAGCUCCAAAAAGAAUUAUUUUAUCAUUACAAGAACAAAUUCAACAAGAUCAAAUUUCAUUUGAAAAUUAUUUUACAAAUAAAUUUAAAUCAUCGAAAAAUAAUAAUUUAUCAAUUCAACAAUAUCAUUUGGCUUUAACGAUUCGAAAUGAUGCUGCAAGAUAUUUUCAAAAAUGUAAACAACAAGAAAUAAAAGUUGAUACAGAUGAAGGUCUUGUAGAUUCAUUAACUGUUCAAAUAAUACUUUCAAGUUCAUGUCUUCGUCGAUUAAUUAUUACUUUUUCUACUCUUAUGGAAUUAUUCUAUGGAAAUAAAAUAAUUGAAGAAAAAAAUUUUAUUAAACAAACUGAUAUAUUAAAAUUAAUCAAUCUUAUUCAACUUCAUAUUGAUCCAGAAGACUUUGCAUGUAAAGAUUCCAUAAAUUUUCGAGUACUUCCGGAUCCAAAAUACUCUUGUUUCUUCUUGACAUAUAUGCCUAAUGGUACCGUACGAUGA